AUGAAUGUUAGUACUGUAAAACUACUAGCAUCAUAAGAAGCAUAAAUAAUAAAUUACUAUCUUAGAGUAAUUAUAAACAUAANUAAUAAUUAGUAAGCUAUCAUAAUUUUAACUUAAAAAGGAAAGAUCAGAACUCUAAAUGUUUCAAUAAAGUAAUUUACAUUAUCAACAUGUAUGCUUACAGUAAAAAUUGAGAGCAAUAUUAUUUUUUAUCAAAACUCUAUUAUCUAUAUAGAAUGCUAAACUUGUAUAUUGGAGGAUGUAGAAAUUCAAAGAGGGCAUGGUUUACCAGAAAUAACAAUUUUAAACUCUUAGAUUCUAAUAUUAAAUAGGAUCAAAUUUACUUAAUCUAUUUUAUUUCACUCCAAAACACUUCAUUAAUCAGUUAAUUGUAUGCUCAAUUAAGCUUAUGAAAACAUGUAUUUUUAUUUAUACAUAGGAUAAUAUCAGAAUAUUUCAAUCAAUAAUUUAGAGUUGUCCGAUUCUAUUACUUAUAAUAAUCCUUUUAUAAUUAUUAAAUCUUAUGAUUUGGUAGAUAAAAUACAAAAUGAAUAUAUAAACAUCCUGAAUAGUAAAUUUGAAUCAAACAUGUUAAUUAUAACCUAAAAAAAUACUGUUUCUUCGAUUAUAUCAUUAUUUUCUGAAUAAAAUUGCAAAAUAAAUAUAGAAAGCGUAGUAUUUAAUAACAAUCAUUUAAAUAAAUACAUUUAAGAUUUAACAAGAUAAUCAGCAUCCACCUUAUUACUUCAAUUAUAAUAGGGCGAUGUUUAAAUAUCUAAUACAGUUUUCAGAUAAAAUCUUGUUACAAAUUCAACUGAUUCAAUAUUAUAUAUUAGAUCAAUGGUUGUUUACUUUCAGAAAAAUCAGUUUUUAAACAACAAUAUUUUGUAAAUUUCUAUUUUAGUUAAGAAUCUAUUAUUAUUUUAAGAUUAAGAUCAUUAUGAUGGAAUUAGUCUGAUGUAAACAUUUCCAAUUAAAUCAGAAGGUGGAAAUGGUUUGAUAAUUGCAAAUAUAAUCUCAAUAGAUGAGACAUCAGUCAAUAAUUCCUAUUCGUAGUAUGGAGGUGGGUUCUACAUAGUAGCUUAAGAUACAGGUACUAUCCAUAUUUAAAACUCAAUCUUUUAAAAUACUUUAACUAGUUUAUCUAGUGAUUCAUUUUCAACAGGAGGUUGCCUCUACAUAGAUGCUUAAUUAUCAGAGUUACAUCUUAAAAUAGAUUCAACUACUAUUGAAAACUCAUUUAGUAGAAUUUAAGGAGGUGGCAUUUAUAUUGUACCUUCAUAACAAUUAAACUAUGUUAAUCUAUAAAAUUUAACCAUAAUAAAUUGCUUUUCCAUCUAAAUUGGUUUCUUUUCAUACUUACUAUCAAGUCUUUAGAGUAUAAAUUCCAAAGUUUUAUUUAGUGGAACAUAAUUUAGAGUGACAUAAGCUGGUUUCAUGAAAUUUUUGUCUCUUUUAGAAUCGCCUACUAAUGAUGAUAUAGAUUUUAUUAGAAAUAAUAAUCCUUAGAUUAAAAUCAAAUUUGGUUCAGUAUCAAUCAAAAAUUGCAGUUUUAUUUCAACCCAUAUUAAAUUUUUGAUUGAUAUUGAAUUUGCAACCAAUAUUUUGAUGAAAGAUAUUUUCAUUCUGAAUUCUACAUUUUUAUCUUCUCCUUUGAUUAGAUUAAGUUUAAGAAAAUGUAAAAAUUUAUAAAUAUUACUUAGAGUUUACUGGAAAUAUUUUGUUAAUAAAUAUUAAUGCAAAAAAUGUGCAAUAGCAUACUAAUUUUUCGGAUUUGCAGUAGUGUUAAAUUUCAACAUAUCCAACACUUUAAUCUUUAAUAUGUUCGAGUGGAAUCCCAUAGGAAAAUCCUAUCAUAGAUGAUUAUGAUACAUCUCUUUAAUAGGAGUAAUUAUUAAUUUGUAAUUAAAAUGAAGUUUAUUAAUAUGAAAAUUAUAGUUUUAGUUUGUUUGAAAUAGAUAACUUGAAUUUAAAUCAUAGUUUUGAAGUUUAAGGAUUAAAUCUUGAAUCAAUUAUAUGUGGAUCUUGUGAAUAUGGCAUCUUCAGAAUUAAAGGUAUAGUUUAAUCAUAAAUUGAAAAUAUCCUUUUUAAUAACAUUAACAUAUUUAAUUGUUAAUGUGGAUAAACAGGGUGCCUUUCAUUAAUACAAUCAGAAGAUGAAUCUUUUUUAAGAAGCGAUUUACUAUAAACUGAUAGGAGAAUCCUUCAGAAACAAAAUUACACAAAAUUAAUAUUAAAGUUAGAACAUUAAGCUAGGAUAGUUAAUAGUAAUUUUUUUAAUAACAAUGCUAUAUAUGGAGGAUCAGUUUUAAUUGUUUCAACAAAUACAAUAAUUCAUAAUUGUCGAUUUUGGAAUAAUAAAGCUGAAAUAGGAGGGGCAAUUUAUUAUUCAAAUGAAAUGUAAAUGAUCAUAUUUGAUAGUCAAAUAAUUGAAAAUUAGGCUAAAAUUGCUGGUGGAUUGUAUUUGAAUAAAUAGUAACUUUAGACAACAUUUCUCUUAGAAGUAUUUUUAUCUAAUAAUAAUUCAACUUUUUUUGGAUCAGAUGUUUCUGAAAAUCCAAGAUCUUUGACAAUAUCUAUAGAUGGAGGAUAGACCUUGUUAACAAAAGUUAAAGUCGAAUAAAGUUCAACUAUGAUUAUCGAGAAAAUAGUAAUUCCUCCCUCUAAGUUAUUAGGAUAAUCUGAAAGAGUAAAAUAUUUAACAUUUCCUUCUGGCAGAUAAAUAUUUUCUUAUGAAUUUUUUGAUUUAUCUCAAUCGGAGUAUAUUCCUUAUAAUCUAACAUUUCGAAUAAUCGCUCUUAAUAAAUACAACACUCAAGAGAAAAGAUUAGCUGGAAGUACUUGCACUUUGACUCCUACAAUUAUUAACAUUACUAAUGAAGAAACAAUGCAAGGAUUACUUGGAACUUUAUCCUACAAUAAAGUGUAAUUUAAUGAUAGUACUGGUGAUUACAAUCUAGAUGAUUUAAUCAUAUACUUCAAUCCGAAAUAUGAUGAUGAUAUUGUCUUAAGAUUAGAUAUACAAUGUAAUAUUAUUUAAAUUCCAUAAUAUGAAGUUACUCCUCCUUAUUUAAUUAAGAAUUAUAUAACCAAUUAUAACUUAUUAGUAGAUAUCAAAACUUUCUAAUGUUAAUUAGGAGAAUUUUUUAAUGCAACUUCUGGAAGCUGUACAUUAUGCGACAUAAUUUAAGGGCAAUACUAAGUAUAAUCGUACGCUUAGAGUUGCAGUUAUAAAGAUGACCUAAAAGUUAAAUCUAUAAAAUCUUCUAUGAUUGAAUUAAGAAAAAGUUAUUGGAGGGCAUAUUACUAUAGUACAACUUUAGAAUAUUGUUAUCACUAACCUGAAAAUUGUAAUGGAGGAUGGUCACCAGGAGAUUAAUCUUGCACAGUUGGACAUAUAGGUGCUUUAUGUGAGUAAUGUGAUUUAUAUAAUAUUCGAGGAGAUGGAUCAUACUAUGUAAGUUCUACAUAUUCGUGUGGCACCUGCUAAUAAAUUUUUAUAAAUGUAUUAACUAUAGUUUCCAUUAGCAUUUGGACUCUUAUUUCAAUUUUUAUGUCUGUAAGCAGCACUGUUCAGAUGAUUGAAGAAUAUAUUAUUGGAAUUAGAUUAAAAGCACUUGGAAUUGCUGUUGUAAUAAAUUAAGUUUCUACUGCUAUACUAAUUAAGAUAUUCACAAACUAUCUAUAAAUCAUUUCAACCAUUAGUACAUUCUAACUGUAAGUACCUUCAGAACUUGUAUCAGUAGUUAAUAGUGUUGGAAAUCCAAUUGAAUCAAUGGCAUAUUCUCUGGAUUGCUUUUUAAUAAACGUUUCAGAUAUUCCAAUCAUUUACUUUAGAAUUAUCUGGAGUCUAAUUAUGGCAUUUUUAUAUAUAACAGUGUUUUUCAUUUUAGGUGGAAUAGCAAUAAUAUUUAACUUCAAAUAAUAUAAGUUUUCAUAUAUUCCUACAGCUCUUAUUUAUGUUUUUAUCUUUUUACAACCAAAUUUAAUAGGUAGUUUAAUCUCUUAAAUAUCCUAUAGAGUGAUUUCAGAUGAAUAUUGGAUUCAAGGUAAUGUUGCCUAUCGUUAUGAUACAGAUCUUCAUGUUAAAUGGUUAUUAGGUUUUUGUAUUCCCUUAUAGUUAUUCUUUGGAGCCAUAAUCCCUGCAUACUUGUGGUAUAUAUUAAGAAAAAAUUAACAUCGUUUAGAUCGUAUUUAAGUGAGAUAAAUUUGGGGCUACCUUUAUAAUGAAUAUAAAUUACAUGCUUAUUAUUGGGAAACAGUUAAAAUCUUUUAAAAAGAAUUAAUCAUAAUUGUAUUAGCUUAUUAUGAUGAUUAUAUUGCAAUUAAAGCAUCCCUUGUAUUUUUAGUGCUAUUUGGAUAUAGUUUUCUUUUUACUGCUCAAAAACCUUAUAUGUCUGGCGAUCUUAAUUACUUAGACUCAAAAUUGACUGUUGCCUGUGCAGUUUCAUUCAUAUUAGGCAGCUCAAUUUACACAGCAUAAUAAUCAAAUUUAUAAGAAAUUGUUUGGCCAUUCUAUAUAAUUAUUGGAAUUUUAAAUGCCUUGUCCAUUGCAUAAAUGCUUAUUAAAAUAUUAUUUGCCUAUUUUGUUAAAUUAAGCGAUAAAAUUGAUUUAGUUAAAGAUUUUAUUAAAAGACAUUUCCCUAAUUUCGUCAAUAAGCAUCCAUUUAUAACUAAAUUAUUAGAAAGUAGAAAAUAAAAAUAAGAGAGAAUUAGAAAUAGAUUUAGAAAAUUAAGAACUUAUUUAAUAAAAUAAGCUAAAAAGAGAUUAGGAUUAAAAAAGGAAUAAAUAACCAUAAUUUCUAACUUAAUUAAUUCAGAACAUCCAGGAUUAAACAAUACUUCUUUCUCCUUUAGAAAAAUCGAAAUUCCGUUUUUAUAAAUCUGA